AUGCGCCCAACUUUCGGAGGGCCCAAACUGCCCGUUGAGCUGCGAAACCAGCUUGGAGAUCCAGCCAACAACAAGCGACGAAACGGUCCGCGCAAUGGGCCACCGAAUCGCAAAGACAGGCGCAAGGCUGAUCGUGUAGAGAAGAAACGCCAGAACAAGCAGGUCAGACGACCAGCGCCAUCGCAUCCACACAAUGGCCGGGGACCACGCCGUGAAGCCGACGACGACGACGACGAUGAGGAGGAGGAGGAAGAGGAAAUAGAUUGGGACAACAUCGAAUCCGACGCUACACCACCUCCGAUAGCUGCGAAAGAAUCGCCCAAGCCGCUGAAAAGCAUUCUCAAAGCGAAGCCACCACAGCCUGAAGAUGCCUCACCGCCACCUGCCAAAUUAUCACGCGCCGCUCGGGAGAAGCUUGCGCAAGAUGAUGCCGACAUUGCCAAGUUAGAGAAGAAGCUAGGUGUAAAGAGCAAAAAGAGAUCCAAGGGAGCGGAUGAUGGCCUGGACGACAUAUUUGGCGACCUUGGGGAUUUUAGCGACGAAGAAGAGGUACAACCUACAAAGAGGAAGAGGGAUGAGGACAAUGAUUGGCUCGCAAGCAAGAGGCGGAAAGCUCUGGGUCAGGAGUCGAGUGAGGAAGAUGACAGCGGGUCGGAAGGUUCUGAAUCAGAUGAUGAGGACUUGGACCUUGAAGAGGCGGGCUUCGAUGAGGAUGAUGAGACAGAGGAUGGCUCUGAUGACGGCUUUGGCUCUGAAGAGGACGACGACAUGGAGGACGCGGAACCAGAACAACCGCGCAUACGAGAGAAUCCAUACGUCGCCCCUGCAGCGCCAAAUGCUCAACCAACCAAGUACAUACCGCCUGCGCUGAGAGCACCUCCCUCGUCAGACACGGAGGCUUUGCUACGUCUCAAAAGACAAAUUCAAGGUCUCUUCAACAGACUCUCAGAAGCCAACAUAUUGUCAAUUCUACGCGACAUCGAGAAUAUAUACCAAAACAACCCUCGAGGCUACGUCAACAAUACAUUGGUCGACCUACUUGCUAGCAUGUUGUCGGAUCCCACAGCUCUUCUGGAUACCUUUGUAAACUUGCACGCUGGUUUCAUCGCUGCGGUGUACAAGGUCAUCGGGCCCGACUUUGGUGCACAAAUAGUGGAGCGCAUCGUCACAGAAUUCGACCAACACUACCAGGCGAACAAAGAUGGCAAUGGAAAGCAGACUUCGAAUUUGAUAUCUUUGGUGGCGGAGUUGUACACUUUUCAAGUUAUCGGCAGUAACAUCGUUUUCGACUACAUCCGAUUUUUCCUUGAUGAGCUCACGGAAAUCAACACUGAACUCUUGUUGAGGAUAGUCAGAGCAGCCGGCCCACAACUACGACAGGAUGAUCCAAGUUCACUCAAAGACAUUGUUGUUUUGCUGCAAAAGUCUGUGGCAAAAGUUGGACAGAGUAACCUGCCCGUUCGAACAAAGUUCAUGAUCGAGACGAUCAAUGAUCUCAAAAACAACAAGAUGAAGACGGGUAUAGCUUCGUCUGCGAUUUCUCGAGAGCAUACGAUCCGCAUGAAGAAGCAGUUGGGUACUCUGAACUCAAGGAACCUAAAAGCAACUGAGCCGUUACGCGUUGGGCUGAAGGAUAUCAAAGACACGGAGAAGAGAGGAAAAUGGUGGCUGGUAGGAGCGAGCUGGCGAAAUGAGCCAGGCAACGAGGAAAAGCCCGAGGAGCCAAAAGAAGCCGGCAAGACUACAGCCGAGAUCGACAUUGAGGACGAAGACAGCGAAGUCGACCUCGUGCAGCUUGCUCGUGAACAUCGCAUGAACACAGACAUUCGGCGCGCCAUUUUCAUCUCCAUCAUGUCUGCCAGCGACUUCAAAGAUGCCCAGAUACGAUUGAACAAGCUCAACCUCAAAAGAUCCCAAGAGGCAGAGAUUCCACGAGUCAUCGUUCACUGCGCAGGCGCUGAAAAGACCUAUAAUCCAUACUACACUGUUCUUGCCCGCAAGGUCUGUUCAGACCACAAGACACGGAAGAGUUUCCAAUUUGCGCUCUGGGACAUAUUCAAGAGCCUAGGAGAGAAGCAAGACGGUGCAGAUGACGAUGACUCUGACGACGACGAUGCGGGUGGCGACACAUCUCUUCGAAAAUUGGUCAAUCAAGGCAAACUGUACGGCACACUAAUUGGACGAAAAGCUCUGCCUAUCACUACUCUCAAGAACCUCAACUUCCCGUAUUUGCAGCCCAAAACCAGGACUUUUGUCGAGGUUUUGUUAGUCACUACAAUCCUAGAGUCGCUAAAGUCAUCAAAAUCGAAGGACAAGCGAGAUGAGCGGGCAGUGCGCGAAGUGUUUGUGGAGGUAGACCAGGCUCCCGAGAUGAUUGCUGGGCUGCAGUUCUUCCUGAAAAAGGCUGUUAGCAAGACGGAAAUUGUCGAGCAGACGGAAAAAGAGACCGUGCGGUGGGCUUGCAAGUCGAUAAUGGACAUGUUGACGAAAACCUUCCCGGCCGAGCUCCGCAAAAAGCUCAACCACAUCUCCCAUCCCACGCCCCAUCCAUUGACGCCUGUCAUCCCCGCCGUACACUUUACGGCUUCUCUUGGUAGCGAUUCUUCGGUAGUCUCCACCAUGUUCCGCUCACUGGCACCCCGCGCCAUCCAAAGGGCGACGCGGCCCGUCUCCCAAAAGACAUUUUGCGCAUCCAACAUCUACUUCCAGAACCGGUUACGACGAGGCUAUGCGUCGGAAGCUGAGGACAAGGACCUAGUCAUCAUUGGUGGUGGUGUCGCAGGCUAUGUCGCAGCCAUCAAGGCAGGACAGGCGGGCAUGAAGGUCACCUGUAUCGAGAAGCGUGGCUCCCUCGGUGGAACUUGCUUGAACGUCGGCUGCAUUCCCUCAAAAUCGCUCCUCAACAACUCGCAUCUUUACCACCAGAUCCUCCACGACACAAAAGGCCGCGGUAUCGAAGUCAACGAUGUCAAGCUCAACCUCCCCGCCAUGAUGAAGGCAAAGGACACUUCCGUGUCUGGUCUCACCAAGGGAAUCGAGUUCCUUUUCAAGAAGAACAACGUCGAGUACAUCAAGGGAACUGGUGCGUUCCAGGACGAACACACUGUUGCUGUCAACCUGGUCGAGGGUGGCGAAACCACUGUUCGCGGCAAGAACAUUCUCAUUGCCACUGGCUCUGAGGCUACACCCUUCCCCGGCUUGACCAUCGACGAGCAGAAGGUCAUCACAAGCACUGGCGCUAUUGCGCUCCAGGAAGUGCCAAAGAAGAUGACCGUCAUCGGCGGUGGUAUCAUUGGACUUGAGAUGGCCUCCGUAUGGUCGCGUCUGGGUGCCGAGGUCACUGUCGUCGAAUUCUUGGGCCAAAUUGGUGGCCCUGGCAUGGACGCCGAGAUCGCCAAGGCGACCCAGAAGAUCCUCCAAAAGCAGGGCCUGAAGUUCAAGCUCAACACCAAGGUUACCGCAGGUGAGGUUCACGACGCUGGCGUCAAGGUCAGCGUUGAGGCCGCCAAGGGUGGAAAGGAGGAGACCAUGGACGCUGACGUCGUUCUCGUUGCCAUCGGUCGCCGCCCAUACACAUCUGGUCUUGGUCUGGACAACAUCAGCCUUGAGACCGACGACAGGGGCCGCUUGAUCAUCGACCAGGAGUACCGCACCAAGAUUCCCCACAUCCGCGCUAUCGGAGACUGCACAUUCGGACCUAUGCUUGCCCACAAGGCCGAAGAGGAGGCUGUCGCUGCCAUUGAGUACAUCCACAAGGGUCACGGUCACGUCAACUACGGCGCCAUUCCUUCCGUCAUGUACACUCACCCUGAAGUCGCCUGGGUCGGUCAAAACGAGCAGGAACUCAAGGAGGCUGGUAUCAAGUACAAGAACGGAACCUUCCCCUUCUCCGCCAACUCAAGAGCUAAGACCAACCUCGACACCGAGGGUAUGGUCAAGUUCCUCGCAGAUGCUCAGACUGACCGGAUAUUGGGUAUCCACAUCAUUGGACCCAACGCUGGUGAGAUGAUUGCUGAGGGUACCCUUGCUCUCGAAUACGGUGCCAGCUCAGAGGAUGUUGCUCGAACAUGUCACGCUCAUCCUACCCUCGCUGAGGCGUUCAAGGAGGCUGCUAUGGCCACCUACGACAAGGCUGUUCACUACUAG